AUGGGUGGUAGCCUCACGUUGGUAUCAUCGGGAACUAAUGUCAAUCAGCGAUCCAAUGAACGACCAGAAAAUCGACGUAAAAAAAUCGAAUUCAGAUCCUCAUUAAACAUAAAGUUUCUCCUCUUUUCGAUCGAUAUGCUGAAUCUAAUACUGCAAAUCAUUGAAUUGCUCAAUACUCUCGUGGUCGGAGGUAGUGUGCAGUAUUGGCGCAGGAAUGACUCAUUCGAGCGCCUACAUGGUCUGGAUCAGCAUGAAUUUCGGGAGCUUCUUCGUAUGCCGAAAAUGGGAAACCCGUUGUACAACUUCGCCGGUGCCGUACAAUAUUUCAAUUAUCAAGCUUGGCUAGCGUGUUCCGUAGCCAUACAAAACCACAAAAAACCUAGUAACAAGGAUUCAAGUAUGCAGCAAGAGCGCUACUUACUCAUUGCUGUGAGAACUGAGGACAAAAACAGUCAGAGCGAGCAAAGAAAGGCAGGCAAACGAAAAAAAAUAAAGAAAAACGGCAAGAAGUCAGUGGUUGAGUUGCAUUAA